GUUGUUAUCAUGGUGUAAACACUUGGUGAGAGGUUUUCAAAUCAUCCCUGGUGGUUAGACAGACGUCACACUGGUUCAUCGUCCGACAUGUAUACAGACGAAAUCAUCGAGAGUGUUGGAGGUUUUGGGCGAUUCCAAAUAGCCAUGCUGGGAAUGAUAUUCGGGGUGAAGAUGGUCAUUGCUUGGAGCAUGAUCAUGAUGUCUUUCGCUGGCGUGGCCCCUGAUUGGUGGUGCACACCUCACGGCGUUGAUCCCUACAACGUCAGCUACAGGGACAACACGACGUUCCAGCAGUGUCACGGCGUGGACAACAGCUCAUGUUCCUAUGCAUACUCCGAUGAGAUGAACACCGUCAUUAAUCAAUGGAACCUUGUCUGUGACAAGGACACCGUUGGGGCAACGCUGACGUCCAUUCAGAUGAUAGGCGUGAUGGUAGGAGCAUUUGUCGGAGGUCAGUCAGCUGAUGUUAUUGGAAGAAAGAAGACCUACUAUCUAUCCAUGCUUCUGCACGGCGUGUCGAACCUAGUAGCAGCUUUCUCGGUGUCUUGGCAAAUGUUCGCUACUCUCAGAUUCUUUAUAGGCUGUGGGAUAGGCAUAUACCUUUCAACGUCGUAUCCGUAUGCGAUGGAGUUCGUGGGCACCAAAUGGAGGUCUGUGUGUUCCUCGUUGCCUAUCUGGACGACUGGGGUCGGAUGUAUGGCACUGGCGACCUGGUUGCAGCCAGACUGGUACUACCAACACAUCAUCAAUGCAGCUCUGCACAUCCCAUUCUUCCUGGGAUGGUUCUUCGUCCCGGAAAGCCUACGCUGGCUGACUGUGCAGGGGCGACUUGGGGAGGCGGAGGAGGUGGUUGAUCAGAUGGGUCGGUACAACCGGAGACAGAAAUCUCCCAACACCGCACAGCUGCUGAAACAGGUUGCAGAGGAGGAAAAGAUAUUGAGGGCGUCGGGCACCAAGUACACAUACCUCGACCUGUACAAGGGCUGGAGCAUGUUUCGGAAGUCGGUCGUCAUCCAGUUCCUCUGGGCAUGCAUGUCUCUUGUCUACUACGGUCUGUCCUUCGGGGUAGGAACUCUAUCAGGAAACCUUUACCUCAACAUCUUCCUCAUGGGCAUCGUGGAGCUCCCUGGCACCUGUCUGCUGUUCCUCGUAGCUAACAAAAUUGGAAGAAGGUGGACGAGCUUUGUUUAUUUUGGGGCCGCGUCGAUUUCUGCUUUUGCUAUACCCGUGGUGUCGAUAUAUGUCGAUGCAGACAAACAGGGGUCGAUCAUAACCGGCCUCGCUCUGGUCUGCAAACUGGGAAUUGGAGUGGGGUGGGGAGCCGUACAGAUCCUCUCCAGUGAAACCUACCCAACUGUCAUCAGAAAUCUAGGUUUCGGUGCCGCCAAUACAACAUCUCGAAUAGGAGGGAUAAUUUCACCAUAUAUAUUUUCGGGGAAAAAGGGCGAUGUCUUUGUUCCGUUCAUGGUUGUCGGGUCGACGAUGGCGGUGUGCGCAGGGCUGGCCAUGCUCCUGGAAGAAACAACAGGGCGCCCUCUAGGGGACACAAUGGUUGUAAAGGGAGACAACUCUAAAGCGAACAAAACGCCCGACACGGACUCUAAUGUACACAAUCCUGAGAAACAAACUGAUUCUUUGUCAUCUUGCUCAUCCACGAAACUGUGACCUGAAGUUGGAAGAAACUGACAUUGACUAAAGUAGUUGUUCUUUGAUUUAUAAUAAACCGAAGUUGG